CUUUAGUUUAUGACAAAUAAAAAUUACAAGAUGUUUUAGUUGAUUUAGUUUAAGAGAUCAAAUGGCUACUGUUGAUGAAAAAGAUCUUCAGAUGUUUCUUGAUAAAGUUGAUAUGGUUGGCUCUGUGAUUAAAAAUUUGAGUUGUGAUGACAAAACAGUUCAGGAAGAAGCAUUCAAAAUUGCUGACAAAUAUUUAGAAAAAAAUACUGAAAAAACAGGUGUUGAUCGAAGUAUAAUAAACAAGCAACAAGAUGUUUCUGAUUCUAUCAUGACUUUUGAUAAACCAGAGAUGUCACAAGAAGAGUUUAUACGUUCAAUGGAAAAAGAUAUAGAAGAAAGAAAUUUACGUAAAGCAAGAAAUACAGAGAAUGCACUCACUUGGAAAGAAAAAGGCAAUAAACACUUUGUUCAGAAUGAGAAUAUUGAUGCUGUUAGAUGUUAUAGUGAAGCAAUUCAAUUAGUUCCUGAUAAUAUUGUUCAUUAUACUAACAGAGCUCAGGCUUAUUUGAAACUAAAGCAAUAUGAUGAAGCUUUAAAAGAUUGUGACACUGCUCUCAAGUUAGAUAAGCGCUCUGUAAAAGCUCUUGUACUUAAAGGACGUACUCUGGGUUUACUUAAGAAUUUUGAUCAGGCAUUAACCAUCUUUAACAAAGUUCUCGCUAUUGAUCCAAAGCAAACCAAAAUGAUAAAUAAUUAUAUUGAUGAAACAAGAGCCAUACAACAAUUAAAUGUAGAUGAAGAAAAGACUUUAAGUUUGUAUUCGAAUGAUGAAGAUGACAAUGCUAAAAAAAUUCAUAAUAACAUAAACAGAUUACGCAAAGGAUGUCAAUCUGAUCUCCAGCAAAUCAUUAGUGUAAUAUGUGAAUUAAAAGAUGCAGUUAAAACAAAUGAGUUGCGCACAUUGUUUCGCAUAAGAAAUGGUUUUAACAUCAUUAAUGAGAAUGCAACCUUAAGAAAAAUUCUUACUUCGUGUAAUUCUUUAUCAAAAGAUGAAGUUGAAAUAGCUGUACUGCUUGUAGAACUUUUUUCUUCUACUUCUCUUGAUAAUGCAUGCAACAGUGAAGUAAUAUGUCAACAAGAGGUUAUAUUAAAUACAGUAAGCUUUUUUUUACAAACAGAAUCUACUUUAAGGUCUGUGUUUGAAUCUGUGCAGUUUAUCUAUCGCUUAUCUCAAUUUCCAAAGACUAGAAUUAGAAUAAUAAAGUUAAAUUCAUUUCAAAGCAUGUUUGAUAACUUGCUUCGAAUAAUAAAUGAUGGAGGAGAUGUGGCAAUCAUGGCAACAGGUUCAUUGAAUAACUUUGCACUAGAAGCUAGUUUUCUUACAAAAUUUCAAGAAAAGCUUCAAAGUUUUAUUCCAAACGUCAUCAAUAUGAUGGUGUUAUUGUAUUCUUCACACGAUAAGCAGUCAGCAAAAGUUUUUCCUAUAAUAGCAAGCAGUAUUUCUACCAUCUCCAAUAUUUUUCGUGAAAAACAUUUAAGAUUAUUUUAUAAUAAUGACAUGCAUAUUUGGAAAGUAACUCUUUCUUUAAUAAAAGUUUAUAUAAAGUCUAAAAAUUCUCAUGAUUUACGAGUUGUUGAAGCAUGUGUUGGGAUGUUAAUGAAUCUUUCUGCUUCUUCCGUGUCAUUCUCAGAGGAUGUUGUUUUUCAAGUCUCUGAAAUAUUACCAGACCUUUUGGUUUGCAAAUCAGAGAAAGUUGUUGAGCGCAUUUCUGGAACUUUAAGUCACGUGCUCGACAAAAACAACCUGUUAAUUGAAAACAUUAUCAAUAAGAAUAUAUAUAAAAUAUUUCUUCAGUUAAUAAAGGGUUCAAAUACAGAUGUUCAAAAACAUUUAAUUAAAUGUCUGGUCAUACUUACUAAUCAAAAUGACAGUGUUGUACAGAAUAUAUACUCGGAAAAAGUUUUAAAAAUUCUUCUUCGAUUUCUUCUACUUGAUGAUUGUACAGUUGUUGGGAACACUGCACUUUGUUUAUCUCAUUGCAGCAAAAAUAAAAAUAUUGUGAAUUCAUUGAUUCCUACUACUAUCAUAAAGAAUCUUUUAGUUGGUGCAACAAAUGAUAAGUUUUCGAAAAAUGCGCGCCAUAAUUGUGCUUUAGCUAUUGGCAAAUACGCAAUAGCGGAUCAAAGAUAUUUGGAGCAGUUGCGCAGUUUACAUGGUAUGGAAAUUUUGCAUCAAGUUAUCAAAGAAAAUAAUUUGGUUUAGAAAAUUUAUAGUGUGUAUAUGUUUAUAAAUCUUAAAAUGUUUACUAAAAGAAAUUGAA